GUUCAUAAAUUUAUCACUUAAAUUUAGAUACAUAUUAGUUUAAAGUGGAUCAAUAUAUAAAUAACUGUAUCUCUACAAACUUAUUCUUAACACGCUCUCCACAUUUAACUUGUAACCAAAAGAAAAAAGUGGUGAAAGAGGUUAUAUAAUUUAAAGGUUAAAAUUAGGUUUCUUAUUUAUCAGACAAAAUAAGAAAUAUGUUAAGAAGAAUACAGAUUGCAAAAAUUAUUCAUAAUGCUAAGUUUGAGACUAGCUCUAGGUGCAUCAGCCUCACACCAAAAAUCCUAACAACUACUGAAAAUGCCGAAACCCCAAGUACGUCUACUCUUGGUGGUUUUGCUAAAUCCUUUGAAAAGCAGACACAGAUGCUACAAAGUAAGGAUGAUGAGAAUUUAACGUUUGCAGCUCUUCUACGAAAUUCAAAAUUUGUGGAUCUUGGUGAUCCUGUUGGAAAGAUUGUUAUUGGCAAAAUCUUCCAUAUAGUUGAAGAUGACUUGUACAUAGAUUUCGGGUGGAAAUUCCACUGUGUAUGCACCAGGCCAGCAAACAGAAGCGAAGAGUAUGUAAGAGGAGCUCGAGUGAGAAUACAAAUUAAUGAUUUAGAAUUAUCAUCAAGGUUUCUCGGAUCAAGUACAGAUCUGACAUUACUAGAAGCUGAUUGUAAGCUGCUAGGUGUUGUAUCCUCCCCAGUAAGAGCAUCAACAAGUGAAAAAAAGGAGGCAUAAACUAUUCAUCAUACUAUUUUAUAAGUGCAUUUGUUGUGUUAAUAUUCUAAAAUAAACCUAGUUUUAAAUGUA